AUGAGCAGCCCCACCAUCAAGCUCAACAGUGGGCACGAGAUGCCUCAAGUCGGCUUUGGCCUGUGGAAGGUGGAUAACGCCAACUGCGCGGACAUCGUCUACAAUGCUAUCAAAGUCGGCUACAGGCUUUUCGAUGGUGCUUGCGACUACGGCAAUGAAAAAGAAGCCGGCGAAGGCGUCCGCCGCGCCAUCAAAGACGGCCUGUGCACACGCUCUGAUUUGUUCAUCGUGUCGAAGCUGUGGAACUCCUUCCACGACCCGGAGCGCGUGGCGCCAAUCUGCAAGAAGCAGCUCGAAGACUGGGGCCUCGACUACUUCGACCUCUACGUAAUCCACUUCCCCAUAUCGCUCAAAUACGUCGACCCCUCAGUGCGCUAUCCUCCCGGAUGGUCAGACGAAGAUGAUAAAGUAACGCCCGGGAAGGCCACCCUCGAGAGCACCUACCACGCCAUGGAAGACUUAGUCGACCAGGGUUUGACGCGGAGCAUUGGCGUGAGCAAUUAUGGCGGCGCCCUGAUGCUGGAUCUGCUCCGGUACGCGCGAAUCCGGCCGGCCACGCUGCAAAUCGAGCAUCAUCCGUACCUGGUGCAACAGAACCUGCUAGACCUGUGCAAGGCCGAAGGCAUCGCCGUCACGGCGUACUCGUCGUUUGGCCCCCAGUCGUUCCGGGACCUGGGCAUGGAGCUCGGAAAUAACACGCCGCUGCUCUUUGACCACCCUACGAUUAAGAAAGUGGCGGAGAAGCAUGGAAAGACGCCAGCGCAGGUGCUGCUCCGGUGGGCAACGCAGAGGGGGCUGGCUGUUAUACCGAAAAGUGCGAGCCAGGACCGGCUGAAGCAGAAUCUGGACAAUGUGAGCUUCGACCUUGGUGAGGAGGAGGUGAGAGAAAUCAGUGGGUUGGAUAAGAAGUUGAGGUUUAACGACCCGCUUAACGUGAGUAAUGGCGCUGCCCAUCCUCUGUGGAACGACAGCUGA